AGCUGUUUAAAAGAGUUGCCAUAUUGUUUCUUUGUUUGUGUCAAAACAAAUACAUAAAAUUAGUCAUCAUUCAAUAAGAAUCGACUAAAAUUCUUAAUUUAUCAUCUAAAAACUCGAAUUUAGCAAGUUAAAUAAACCUUUUCUUUUAAAACCCAAUAAAUUCUAUAAGACCACAAUAUGAAUCGCUUAUUUGGCAAAGGAAAACCUAAGGAACCAGCGCCCAAUCUAAACGAUUGCAUCAAAGGAGUGGAUGAACGGGCUAGCAAUAUAGAGGAGAAAAUAACAAAAUUGGAAAAUGAACUGCGUAAAUAUCGGGAGCAAAUGUCGAAAAUGCGUGAAGGUCCGGCAAAGAAUUCGGUUAAACAAAAGGCCAUGAGAGUGUUGAAACAAAAGAAAGCUUAUGAGCAGCAAGCCGAUGCUUUGCGCAAUCAAUCGUUUAAUAUGGAACAAGCCAAUUAUGCAGCUCAAUCCUUGAAGGAUACUCAGGCCACAGUGGCGGCCAUGAAAGAUGGCGUUAAACAAAUGCAAAAAGAAUUUAAGAAAAUCAAUAUUGAUCACAUUGAGGACAUACAAGAUGACAUGGCCGAUAUGCUGGAACAGGCCGAUGAAGUUCAAGAGGCUUUGGGUCGCACUUAUGGUAUGCCUGAGGUUGAUGAUGAUGAACUAGAAGCAGAAUUAGAUGCCUUGGGCGAUGAAAUCGCUUUAGAUGAUGAUGCUAGUUAUUUGGAUGAUGUUGUUAAGGCACCUUCGGCUCCAGAUAAGGAACCUGGUGCUGAUAGUUUUAUACCCGGCAAUAAGAAUUCCAUUGAAACUGAUGAAUUUGGCUUACCCAAGGUACCCACAUCGGUAAAGACCUCAUAAAU